CACACACACACACACACACACACACACACACGCGUGUGUGUGUCCUCCUCCCUCAGUCUCUCCAUGGCUGGAUUGUGGCAGCAGCUUAGCUCCCUGCAGCAGGGUCGAGCUCUGGCUCUCCUCCACCUCAUCGGUCUUCUCUACUCUACCUUGGGUGCUUUUACCUGGGAUACCAGCCUUCCCCCUCUGAAGGAGUUUCAGGUGGUGAGGGGGAAUUUCUCUAGGACUUUCCUCCGCGUUGGCUACCAUAAGAUUGCAAAGAUUCCUGCAGGAGCACGCAACAUCAGCGUACGGGAGACAAUAAAGAGCCGAAACUACCUUGCUCUGCAGACCCAAAGUGGUGUCUCCAUCAUCAAUGGUGACUGGGUGAUUAACAGGCCGGGGAUCUUCCUUGCUGUUGGAACACAGCUGACGUACCAGAGACCCAAUGAAAUCCGCUCUCGCAAUGGAGAGUCCAUCACUGCACCCGGGCCCCUGACUGAGGACCUGCAUGUUUAUUUGAUUUACCAGCAACCAGGUCCCAGUGUAUACUAUGAAUACAUUGUGCCUUUUCAAAACACACCCCCCACUCCUGAGCCAGAUCCACCUUCUGAUAGUCUGCCACUGGUAGGCCCAUCCCAAUCAGGUGAGAAGGACCACAGAGGUGACGUCACAAACGACAUCAUCAAAGAGAAAACCCACCCUAACCAGGUUAGCUCUGACCCCAGCAUGAACUCUGACCCUCGGCCCACCUACACCUGGACAAAGAGUGGGCGCACAGAGUGCAGCACAACCUGUGGCAAUGGCAGGCGUCCAGUACUCUGGGAGUGUGUUGACAAAGAUUCCCAAGUGACUGUUCCUGCUGACCUCUGUGACCCUGCCCUUGAACCACCAAACCGGGAAGAAGACUGCAACACCCAGUCCUGUCUUGCAUACUGGGACGUCGGGGAGUGGUCCGAGUGCAGCAGGAGCUGUGGACCCGGCACUCAGCACCGCCAGGUCAUCUGCCGACAGGUUACUCACGUUCAUACCAAUGGGACGGAGACCUCGGUGACCAUGGCACAAGAGCAGUGUGGGUCGUCUGACAGGCCGGUGACCAAGUCCAUAUGUCAGCUGAAGAUUUGCAGCCAGUGGGAGAUACAGUCUGAGUGGAGCCCGUGUUCAGUGCCAUGUGGAGUGGGUCAGCGCAGCAGGGAAGUGGUGUGUUUGAGCAACCAGGGUGAUGUGGAGGAGGAUGAGGAGUGCAACAUGAACCUAAAGCCAGAUACACUACAGAACUGUGACAUGGGAGCCUGUGCAAGCAGCUGGUUCACCUCCCUCUGGAGCCAACGGUGCUCUGCAGAGUGUGGUAAAGGCAAACAAACCCGGACGGCAGUGUGUCUGAUAGGUCAUGGGACUGAUCUCCCAUUGGACAGCUGUGAAGGGGAACGUCCAUCAGAAGUGACAGUGUGUGACUCAGGCCCCUGCCAGAACCGCCUGGAGUGGUACACUGGACCCUGGGGUCAGUGUUCUGCAGAGUGCGGCAAUGGCACACAGACCCGGAGUGUGGCUUGUAUUUUCAACAACGAUGGUCGUAUGGAGGUUGUUGACCAGUUACAAUGUUCCAAUGUCUCUCAGCCAAUCACAUCUCAGCCCUGCAGACUGAAGCCAUGCGGUGUCCAGUGGUAUUUCACAGAGUGGAGUGCGUGUUCAAGCUCCUGCAACGGAGGCUACCGUGUGCGUGAGGUGCGUUGUCUUGCCAACAACAUCACCCCAAGCGAUCGCUGUGACCCCAGUUUGUCCCCAAAGAGCCGAGAAGAGUGCAACAAACUACCUUGUGGAGCUGAAAUAAAUCCAUCAUGCAGCGACCAGUACCAUAACUGUAUGGUGGUGGUUCAAGCCCGACUGUGUGUUUACCCUUACUACAGAAGUGUCUGCUGCGCCGCCUGCUCCCGUGCCCACAAAACAUACCCCAACUCGUAUCUAAAGAACCACAUCCGCAGGUGAUGCUGCCACAGGAGGUUAAAUUCAACUCCGCUAGCUCUGUUUGUAGAUCGCCUCAUUAUGUGAGAAUGUUGAAUGUGGUUCAAUAUUCAGUCACUCAGCCUGCCAUGAACAGUGUUAGAGUGAGAUCCUUUUUCAUCUUCACACCAAACUGGAUUAAAAAUAACCUGAAAUUGUAUUCUCUUUCUAUUUACAGUGUAACUUUAAACUGGACUGCUCACAUUUGGUGAUGUACGUACUUGUAUAUUUAUUCUUAAUAAAGGGUGUAUAGCUUCUGUUACUCAGCUGCUG